AACAACUCGUCCACCACCACCACAGUGACUCGUCCACCAGCACCGAAGACAACUCGUCCUCCACCUCCAGUGACGAGACCGCCACCAACUUACCUGCCACCCACCAACAAACCACAACCACCAGCACCAAAGCCUACAACUCGUCCACCACCACCAGUGACUCGUCCACCACCACCGAAGACUACACGUCCACCACCCCCACCUGUGACACGUCCGCCACCCCCCAAGCCUCAGCCAACACCCAAGGAUGACGGCUACAAAUACCCCGUGCCAAGCAUUCCUUUCGAGUUUUAGGUGUCAACUGUAACAGUUGAUUUACUCAAUUUUAUGUUAAGAAAGAUAGCCUGCGAGUUUUAAAAGUUAUUUAAAAAGUGGUGAAGCUCAUUAACGCCGAAAGCUGACAAUCUAGCGAUGUGGUACCAACAAGCAAACUAGGGCUAGAUUCAUCUAGUCAAUACAAUAUGAGAACGUUAUUUUUGCUUUCGACUCCAAAAGAGCUUUAGCAAGAAUAUCAAAUGUUUUUCCUUUUUGUUUUAUACUUAAAAAUACUCUUACAAUUAGAAAUACUUAUUUUAAUUGAAAAAAAAAUAUAUACCCACGAUUUUGUUUUUGUAUUUCGGAUGAAAUUUUUUACCGUUUUUGUAGGGAAAAAUGUCAUUGUAUGAAAGAGUUUAUUGAAAUCAAUAAAUUAUGUAUGUACCUAAAUA